AGGAACGUGACUGUGCAACUGCACAAGCGUCUGUUUUCCUGAAAGGGUGUGGUCUGCUUCUUCAAAACUGAUAUUUGAAUGUAUGGAGGGUACAAAAAUCUUCUAGUCAUUUAUAGAUUCCUUUGUAGAGAAGUGGCUGGUUGCUGCAUCAGAAGAUUCUCAUACUGCUGGGGAAGCUGAAUGGUGAGGGUCAUCCACCAGGUUUUAUCAUCUGCCUCACAGACAGCUCUGGAUGCAGAAAUGAAAACAAGAAGCUUCACAAUAAGACAAAAGAAGAGUGGGCAAUGAAAACAUUUUUUUUAAAUGAAAAUGUGUGUUCAAAGGACAGUACGAAGAUGAAAGGGUUUUGCAUCUUUUUGCUAAAUCUGUCGUUGGUCUUCAGUGACCAAGCCAUUAAUGAAAGCGUUCCGAUGAAGAGCUUGAGAUGCCACAAUGACUACAACUCACUCGUGACGUGCACAUGGAAGGAACAUUUCGAGGCUCGUGCCCUCCUUGGUUUGACUCUGUACCAAUGGAACGUUAUUAAAAAUGACAGUGAGGAGAUGCGUUGCCAAAAGGAGCCAGAAGAGGACUUACGUGAGGCUUCAGAUCCCUACAGCCAUUGGAUUUGUUGGAAAACACUACAAUAUUUUGGAAUCGGGGUGGAUGACUAUUACAGCUUCAAACCCAAGCAGAAUCUUGAAGCAGAGCUAAAAGUUCAUCUUUUCCAAAAUGUUCAGCCCCUUCCACCUCAGAACCUCUCAGUCAGAGAAAGUUCAGGAGCCUUCUUGCUCACCUGGACAGCACCUGAUGGAAGCCAAGGGCUGGGCAAUGCACUGGAGUAUGAAGUUGCUUACAAGCGGGACUGGGAGUCCUGGGAGGCUGCUUCACGCCUACUCUCCACCACCACUCAUUGCCAUCUCAGCCACCUCAUCCCAGGGAGCAGAUACAUUGCCCGUGUGCGAGCCAGACCGGAGCAGGACAGAGGUUUCUCUGGGCAAUACAGUGAGUGGAGCACAGAUGUGUCCUGGGAGACCGCCGAAGGUGGCAUUCAUCCCAGGAACCUUCGUUGCCUCUUCAACGGUGCGUAUCUGAAGUGCAGCUGGGAAGUGAAGAAAGUGAUUGCCAGCUCUGUCAUCUUUGGCUUGUUCUUCAAGGCCACUCCAGCAUCAGCGGAAGAGGAGUGCUCCCCAGUGUAUGAGAAGGCUUUGCCCCAUGUCCCAUAUGUGGUGCAGAGCUGUGGAAUCCCUCCCAUUCCUUUUUUCUCUCUUUCAGUUCUUUCACCAGUGGUUCUCCCAUUGAUGCUCCCAGUUCUCAUCAUCACUUUGCUCGUUGUUGCUUAUUGCAGCUUUAAGUAUUUACUCAGGCAGAAGAAGCUGUGGGAGGAAAAGAUUCCAAACCCCAGCAAGAGUCUGCUGAUCCAGAGCUACUUGAAGAAAGUUCCUCUAAGAAACAGGCAUGAAAGCAGCCAGCUGGAUUUCAACAAAUGCAGCCUUGUGGAGAAUGUGGAUCAGCCUAGCUUCCUUCAAGUUGUGGACAGGCAGACGAAGAUUUUGGCAGAGUCCCCUGAAGCGCAGACUGAAAGGACAGAGGUUUCUUCUCCUGCAUUGGACCUACAGCACCUACGCCAUGUUUUAAAUGCCCCAUUUGUCUGCCCAAGGACAAACUGUGCUGAUGCAAAUAUAACUUCUGAGACAGCAAUCACUUGCUUUGCUUUCAAUGGCCCAUACUUGUACAGCCCAGUGAUGUCUUCUCAGCCUGAGGUGCAUCAGACCCUGGAUGUGAGCUUGAAUCCAAUGGGAAAAGAGGAGAAAGCAGUGUCCCUGCAGUAUGUGACCCUUCCAGACAAAGCCAGUCCCCAGGCUGCACGGAGGCAAGAGCAGCCGGAAGCAGGUCCUCUGCAGCCCUUCCUGCUCACAGAGCAGAAGGAAGCGAUGCAGUACCUCAACAAGAAGGAAGUUUCACCACUUCCCACCAGCUGUGGGAAAAGCACAGAUGUGAGAACAGAAGAGCAGAAAUCUCCAGAGGCUCCUAGCUGUCCGGCAUUCCUUCAGCAGUGGCCCUUAGAGUACAUCACCACAGACAGCCUGUUACUGCCGUCAGCCAGCAGCACCACACACCUGCCACUUGCCACUGCUGGGGGGAAACGCUGUGAUGCACAGGAGACCCAGCAGGCCAUUCAGCUGUUCAAAAGCCUUAAAUCAGAUGAUUACUUCUCCUGGCAGCAAUCUUUGAGGGUAACAGAAAAUCUGUUAAAGGAGUAAAUAUCAAUGAAUAGCAAGGCUAAGAGUAGUUGAAAGAGCUGGCAGCUAUCUGGUAAAAAUGAUCUCUGCAAGCUAGGAGCAAAUAAACAAUUCCUUUUUUCUACCUUCCAGUGCAAUGUGUUGAAAGCCAUGGCUUGAUCUCAUCCUCAGUGACCUUUGCAAUUUUGUCAUGAAAGGCAAUCUAAAUGUUGCCACGUUGAGAGACAUGGUGUUUUUUGAACUUUUCCGCUUAACAUGGAGACAUUACUGAAUAUAUAUAUUAUUGGAGGAAUUCCCAAGGACUCACUAAGUACAAUAAAAGGAGUGGAACAGGCCAGUAAAGGAGAACAAGAUGAGAGAAAAGGUAUGGAGGUGCAGAAGCCUGUGUCUGGUGGGGUUUUUCCAUUUCUGUAUGUUAAAAUAUAAAAUGAUUUUCUUUUAAGUUCACUGGAUGUUUAUGCAUGUUAUAAUUCAUCUUAACUAUGUGAUGUGUUCUUUAUUUUUUUUUCUUCCUAAGCUGUAUUGGAAAAGAGAAACCACUUUUUUACUUAUUCUGCUUCUGUAAAGAAAGUGUUGCAAGAUAGAUGCACAGAACUGUCACUCUGUGAUUAGUAAAAGGCUUUGGUUUUAGAUCUGAAGAUAAACUUGCCAUUCCAAAUAAAUAUAUAAUUUUAUCUA